AUGACGACCAUCAGAUUCGUGCCGUUCUCAUCAGAGAUCGAGCUACCCUUCUACACGGCCCUCUUCUCGUCGAAGCUAGACCAUGAUAAGCUCGACGAUUCGGCGCGGCCCGUCCUGGGCUUGUACGAGCCGCGUGUACAGGCCGAUCCAGAAUCAAGCGCGAGGAUGCAGAUUCUCGGGAACGCGCUUACCAGCAACGACGUGCCCAUGGGCAUGAGCCGCGCAAAGGGAUACAUCAAGAACGUCAACACGAUUGAGGAGUUCAAGAACACGGACAAAAGCGCCAUGAUUACCGAUGCUGGGCGCCAGAUAUGGGAAGCGAUCCAGGAUGGCACCAUCUACUCCGUCCCGUCGCUGCUGUCGUCAUUUGCCAUCCUCUCAUUUGCAGACCUGAAGAAGUACCGCUUUACGUACUGGUUCGCGUUUCCUGCGCUCCACUCGGAUCCUCCCUGGAAGCAGACCGGUCCAGUGGGACGUUUGAGCUCCAAGGAGAGCACGGCACUUGUUGACGCUGUCGGGACGUGGCGCUAUGCCGUCAGCAAUGAAGGGGAGCACGGUUUCUUCCUUGCGAAGAAGGUUCGUGGGGAAGACGGGACGCCACAGCCUCUGCUCGACGAUGCACCCCCGGAUAUCGGGUACCGAUGGGAGAUCGGCUCGCUCCGGGAUUUUGAGACGGGCUUCUUUAGCGACGUCGGGGAGGAAGACCGAUACGUGGCGUUUGUCGAUCCCUCCAACUACCCCGAGUCUCCGGCCUGGCCACUACGGAAUCUCCUCGUGUUGAUCAAGCAGAGGUACCGCCUGAACAAGGUCCAGAUCCUCUGCUACCGUGAUACCCAGGCGAGGAGACACGAAGCCCGGAGCAUAAUUCUUCCCGUGGCUGUGGACGAGACGGAUGAUACGCAGCCAGCCAAGAUGCCCAAUGUGACGGGCUGGGAAAGAGACGGCAGCAGCAAGCUGCGGGCGCGCCUCGCGAACCUCGCAGAAUACAUGGACCCCACACGGCUCGCCGACCAGGCUGUCGACCUCAACCUCAAAUUGAUCAAGUGGCGGCUAGCUCCAAAUCUCGAUUUGGACACCAUCAAGAGCACGAAGUGCCUGUUGCUGGGUGCCGGGACGCUCGGGAGCUAUGUCUCGAGGAAUCUGAUGGGCUGGGGCGUACGAAAGAUCACGUUUGUCGACAAUGGCGCGGUGUCGUUCUCGAACCCUGUGCGGCAGCCGCUGUUCCAAUUCGGUGACUGCCUCAACGGAGGGAAGCCCAAGGCGCUUCGGGCUGCCGAGGCUCUCAAGGAGAUUUACCCUGGCGUCGAGGCUGAGGGGCACGUCUUGUCCGUGCCGAUGCUAGGGCAUCCUAUCCAGGAUGAGGCCAAGGUGAAGGCGGAUUUUAGCAAACUGCAGCAGCUGGUGGACGCGCACGACGUCAUCUUCCUCCUCAUGGACACACGCGAAUCGAGGUGGCUGCCGACGGUGAUGGGCAAGGCUUCGGACAAGAUUGUGAUGAACGCGGCGCUCGGAUUCGACACGUAUGUGGUCAUGCGGCACGGCGCAGCGCCGGAGGAUGGCAGCGAAGAGACGCUCGGCUGCUAUUUCUGCAAUGAUGUCGUGGUUGCGGCCGACUCAAUGAAAGACCAGACCUUAGAUCAGCAAUGCACCGUCACCCGCCCUGGCGUCGCAGCCAUCGCGUCAGCGCUGCUGGUGGAGAUGCUGACCAGCCUCCUCCAGCAUCCCAAGAAGCACCAUGCGCCCGCUCCGGCGCCUACGACAGGAUCGGGCCAUGAACGCGACCCGCCGGACCACGCCCUGGGCAUCGUGCCGCACCAGAUCCGGGGCUUCCUGUCCAGCUUCCAGAACAUGGUCAUCCACGGCAGGUCGUACCCGCAGUGCAGUGCGUGCAGCAAGCCAAUUGUCUCGGCGUACAAGACUGAGGGGUGGGAGUUCGUCAGGAAGGCUCUCAACAGCCGCGAGUACGUGGCCGAGCUCAGCGGACUGGCCGAGGUGCAGCGGCAGGCGGAGGCGGCGGCUGGGGAGGUGGAGUGGAGCGAGGAUGAGGCUUUGGGUGAGGAAGAAGGCGAGGGCGUUCUGAUUUAG